UCUUCUUCCGCUGUUCAUAAAUACGUUUCUGUUCCUUUUUUUGGUUUUAUAGUAAAGCCAACACGAGACGCAAGAGAAAGAGAGAAGAAAAAGAAACUCAUCGAAUUUGUUGAUGGUCAUCUAAAUUUAUUACCUUUUCUUGUUUUAUCGAUUUUGAUAUUCACGCUAUUUCCAUCGAGGAAUUGUGAAAAUGAAGUUCUGUAAGAAGUAUGAGGAGUACAUGCAAGGACAGAAGGAGAAGAAGAAUCUACCUGGUGUUGGGUUCAAGAAGCUCAAGAAGAUUCUCAAGAAAUGCAGAAGAGAUCAUGCUCCUUCUCGUAUUGCUUUCAACGAAUCCAUCAAUCAACAACAUGGCAACAAUUGUCCUCGUGAAUGCACAGUUUGUGAUGGAAAUUUUUUCCCGGAGCUUCUGAAGGAAAUGGAAGAUGUUGUAGGAUGGUUUAACGAGAAUGCUCAGAAGCUUCUUGAGUUACAUUUAGCUUCUGGUUUCAAAAAGUGUCUUACUUGGUUCAAAGGCAAUAACCGGAAAAAGAACCAUCUUGGUUUGAUCCAAGAAGGCAAAGACUUGGUUAACUACGCCCUCAUCAAUGCCGUUGCCAUUAGAAAAAUCCUCAAGAAAUACGACAAGAUUCACGAGUCUAGGCAAGGACAAGCGUUUAAGACGCAGGUCCAGAAAAUGCGAAUCGAGAUCCUUCAAUCACCAUGGCUCUGCGAGCUUAUGGCGUUUCACAUCAAUCUGAAAGAAUCCCAGAAGGAAUCUGGAGGUGUUUUGGCUUCUCCUGCACUGUUUGAUGGUUGCUCUUUGACAUUCGAUGAUGGGAAGCCUUUACUUUCCUGCGAGCUCUCUGAUUCUGUAAAAGUUGACAUUGACUUGACUUGUUCAAUAUGCCUGGACACGGUGUUUGAUCCGAUAUCUCUAACCUGCGGGCACAUAUAUUGCUACAUGUGUGCUUGUUCUGCUGCAUCAGUAAGCGUAGUCGAUGGCUUGAAAACCGCAGACCCGUCUGAAAAAUGCCCGCUUUGCCGUGAGGUUUGUGUUUAUAAAGGUGCUGUUCACUUGGACGAGCUCGGUAUCUUACUUAAGCGAAGCUGCCGAGAGUAUUGGGAAGAGAGGCGUAAAACGGAAAGAGCAGAAAGGUUAAAGCAAGCGAAGGAGUAUUGGGACUAUCAAUGCCGAAGCUUCACUGGAAUAUAAUUUGGUUUGUGGCUUCUCAAGUGAGAUAUCAAUACUUGAAGAUUCUUGGUUUUUGACUAUAAGUUUAAUAAAAUAACUCUGUCUUGAUUGUAAUUUGAUUUACUCUCUGAGCGUUUGUUUGCUUACACCGAUUUUGUUUGUGAAAAAUUGAAGAACUCUUAAACAUUCUAUGGUAUAUUUAAGUUAGCAUA